CCGGACGCUGCAGAGUCCGACAACGGCGACAACGUUGGUGAAUUGGACGAAGAGAUGACAUGUGGUGUAUGCAUGGAUAUACUUGAGAAUCCGUACUCCAUUAUACCCUGUCUGCAUUCGGUUGACUACGAGUGUCUGGAGGAAUGGUGGAAGAGUCACGAUACCUGUCCAGUGUGCGCUUCCCCAGCCAAGUUUGCGAAACGUUCGUUCCAGCUGCGCGCUAUCCUAGAGAAGUACCUCGCCACACGCCCAAAUAAGCGUCGUGAACUUGAUCCGGAUGCCGUCCCCCCGUCACAGGGAGCCACGCCAGCUGAGCUUCGACCGCGAGGCCGAAAUGGUGAUAUAAUGGAUGACUUUGAGGACGACGAAGAGGCAGAGGAGGAAGAGGGGGAGCUUGACAACCCCGAUGUGGGCCGGCUUGUGUGGCCUUGUUUCUGCUGCGAACCCGGGAAUAACUUUGGUCACGUCUGCCCUGAUCCCAUUCCCGAGCCAACUCAAGAGGAGAAAGACGAAGCUCAGGAGCUGAGGGGGCCAACAGCCACAGUUCCACCGGAAAGGGGACAAUACAUAGUGUUGAUUUUGGAGGCACUCGCAAGGGGAAAACCCGGUGCAGACGCACACGCAGAAUGCAUCACCUGUCAUCGGUAUAUUCCAAAGUAUCGUCAGCCCGAGAAAGACCAAUGUGCAAAGUGUGGGAAAUGGUCAUGUCGGCAGUACGAUCCUCAAGGUUGCCCGGGAGGAAUAUUUGCGGACCUUGAGCCGCGAGACAAUUGCGAUUUUCCGCAAGCAGGCUUCUUGGCAUGGUGGAGCAUCGGUAAUUGUUGGCGCAAUAUGCCGAAUCGACCCAUGUCCAUGAACCAGUACGAGCUCCAGGUCCUGGAAGGUCAUGCUACGACGGCUGCCCUUACUGCGCCGAUACUUUUUUCCACGAUAUGCAAAGCAAAGCUGGACUCCAUAUUGACCGAUGCAGAAUCGUCCGAGCAGGCAAAAGUAGUCGCCAAACGUUGCUGGGGCGAAAAGGCUCAUUUCUGUAACAUAUGCAGAAAUGACAUUUUGAGGGACGAGCUUCUGGGGUGGUGGAUGAAGGAACGACCGUCUGCAAACCUGGAUGCUGCAAUCAUGGCAAGACCUGAUUGUUGGUACGGGAUCGAAUGUCGAACACAGGGUCACAAUCACGCUCAUGCUGGGAAGCUGAAUCACAUAUGCGAGAACUCUCGCCCCCCGCAAGCGAAUAUUCCGGCUGUACCUGCCCCUCCGAUACCUGCCGGCGCGGACAACAACGCUUUGCAGGCGCCACCUCACGUGCCAUGAGGAAGGAAUCCGCGCGUCGUGCCAUGACAGGGUCUCACGAGCGUCUAUUCUCGGAAGGUUGGUUGAUGGAACGCAAAUUAAAGCUAUGUCGUUCCAGCUCAAUCUCUUAUGUUGCGGUGCAUGUCGUCCACAAGCGCAGGGUGGGAUGUGCGGAAAAGGUGUUUUUCGUCCAGGGUCCAGUCCCUAUGCUUGGCAUCGCUGAAUCUGGGGUUUCCUGCGGCGGAAUUCCGGAGGCAAUGACUUGCUUGAUGGGGGUUGCUUGAUGGGGGUUGCCUCGCACGUUGCUCAGUGGGUCACGAACACUGAGGACCGCCUUGUUAUCUCGUACUUCCUGUGCUCAGCCUUACUUUCUCUUUCAGUCACGAUCGGAUGGGAUCCACCCUGAUUCGGAAAUGAGGCGCUGCACCCUGAGCAACCGUGCCCUGAGCCGCGUUGAGCGGGGCCACACAUGAGGCGCUCCCACUACUCCACUGCUAAAUACUACUUAAGAGGCGUCGUGCACUUGCUGAACCAUACUCCCAAGUUUAUUGACCACCACCCCAUGCAAGAUGGUUUCUUCUCUUCUCACUGCUGUCGCGUGUACGCUUGCCUUUCUCGGCGACACCCAGGCGGUCUUAUUGCCGGUGACCGCACAAUUUAAGCGCGGACCAAAGCCCGAGCGUCGCAGAAGCACCCAAACGGGCAUCUUGACUCUUGGCGACCAGCAUGAUAUCAGUUACGUCUCGGACCUUACUAUUGGAGGGGAGACUUUUGUCGUGUCUCUCGAUACUGGAAGUUCCGAUUUGAACAUUGAAGGGAAUGUCCCCGGAGCAAAUGAUCAAAAUGUACAAAUCCCCGUCAGGUUUGCGGUCGGCGAGCUUGAUGGCGUGAUGUCAUUUGUUGAUGUUGAAUUCGGAGGCUAUUUGGUAAAAGAUCAAAUAUUCAAUCACGUCCCUACCCAACAGAGCAGUGCUGAUGACGGCCUUCUCGGACUGGGACCGUCUUACGCCUCUAUCAACUGGAAUACCGCCCAGCCCUACAUCAAGGCUGGUCAACUACCUCACAAUGCUGGCGAUUCCCUCUUGGACCGUAUUUUCCAGGCGUCCUCCAACACCGCCAAUUGUAUCGCUAUCUAUAUGUCGCGAAACGAGGAUCCCAGCUCGAGUAACGUUGGACAGGGAGUCUUUACCAUCUCUGAGGUUCUCACCCAAUACAAGCAAGUUAUGAACAUACCUGUUCUUCCCGUCGUCCAAUCGUCAAACAUGUUGGAACAGCAUUUCUCAGUUGUUCUUGAUAGUGCAAUUGGCAACAAUGGCCAGGCUAUAUCCCUUCCCAAGUCAUCCGUACCAGGUGUACCCGCAGGCAAGAUGGUCACAAUCUUCGAUACGGGCUAUACAUUCCCUCAAGUUCCUGCUGCGAUUGCGACUGCCAUCUAUGGCGGUGUUUCUGGUGCCAAACAGCAAACCUUGAGUGACGGAGGUGUCUGGUGGACGUUGCCAUGCACCACGGAGGUCAACGCCGCGUUUGUCUUCGCCGGAAAAACAUAUCCGAUUCACCCGCUCGACCUCAAUUUCCAAGGCAAUAUCGUUUUCUCAGAUCUUCCGCAAGGCACAUGCGUCGGUGCUUUCCAGGCUAUUACGAAUGAUGCCGCCCAAGCCCUCGACGGACAGGCGGAUAUGAUUUUGGGCAUGGCGUUCCUUCGUAACGUCUACAGCUUGUUUAACUACGGCGACUGGAUCGACUCCAAUAUGGACCAGCAAUACGAGCCGUACGUGCAGCUGCUGAGCAUCACCGAUCCCACCACUGCGGCCAACGAGUUCCAUCAAGUGCGGAGUGGUAGCUCUGCUUCUGGCGGUCUUGCUCAGGCCUCGCUCGACUUGUCCACCACUCCGGCUUCGUCACAGACAGUUAACAGCACCCUGGACUGGAUCAAGUCGCAUCUGUAUAUCGUCAUCCCCGCAGCUGUCGGUGCUGUGAUUCUCGUCGUUCUCUUGAUCAUUGGAUGCUGCAUCUGCUGUCGUCGCAGAAAUGCCAAAUCGAAGUAUCAAAACCUCUCGGCACCCGCACCAGGCCAUGGCCCUAGCCCGAACCCUGGACACUCCGCAUAUGCCUCGCCAUAUUCAGAAAAACGCUUCGAUAUGGGCUACACCUACGCGGCGAAGACCCCUGCACCAGCUUACGACGAUCCUUACUCUAAUCGAGGACUGCUCGAGAAGGGAGACGCUUAGUGGAGGAUUGUGACGAUUUCUCUUUUCCCUAUUGGGCUUCGAUAUGAGGAGCAUUUUCAAGGACUGUCCGGACGAUUAUCUCAUAACAGUACACAACACCAACGACUGCUCAGUGCCUUUCAUAGUUUGAGUGCGUAAUUG